UCAGACUUGAGAGAAAGGCUGAAGAGUAAUGGUAACAGAGAAACAUGAUUUUUAUUUUCUUUUUCACGCGGCGAUGCAGAAGCUUACGAGAAAAUGGAGGCAACCUCGAAGCAAUGAUUUCUUCGACGAAGAAGAUCAAUUCUCCCUCCCAACUCGCGAUGAUUCUCGCCCUAUCGACUCUCAUGAACAAGAGGAAUUGGUUCGAACACUUGAGAGAGCUCAAGCUCAACAAUCUCUCCUAUGGAGGAGUAUUUUCGCGGGGCUUCUGUUCUGCUAUGUUGCGUUCCUCAUUUUCUCAAUAUAUCAGCAGGCAUAUUUUCCAUGGGAAUUGCGAUAUCAUGCUUACUUCAUGUAUGAAGUUGACCCCCAGAGCAUCAUUGCUGCAGAUUGGGUAGCUAUUAUGGUGUGCUUGAUGACCAUUAAGGGUAUGCUGCAUCAUUCAAAGUACCAGAGGAAAUGGCUUUGGUUUUCCUGCUGUCCUGGCCUAUUGUUGGCAGGGUUUUGGUUGCAUCAUAUGCUGAGGUUGGCAAGGUUUAGAUGGGACAUUUUAUGGCUUCCAUUUGGGCCACUGGGUGGAGCCGGGGUCUGCCUUUAUGUUGACCAUUUACUUAAUGAUUCCUCUGAAGAAGUGAGGAAGCUCCGUAGUUAUAUGUAUUCUUUUAAGGCAAGUUAGUGGAUGUGCACUGAUUGAUUUAUAAGCGGAUAUAUCAUCAUUCAAAGUCACAUCAACAAUGAGAUUUUUGGCUCGCUGAACUAUACUCAAAAGGUCAAGUCAUGAGAGCAUUUUUUGUUCUCAGAUCAAGGUCCACACCACAGUGAUUCUUUGUCCUUGAAAUGUAAACUCUUGUGGCAUGGCUUGUUAGGUUGUGUGGAUAUCAUCUGAUCCUCUUUAACUCAAUCCUAGUGGUUUGUUGUGCUUAGGGUCUCUAUCAUUUUUUCUUUCACUUGUAAUUACAGGGUACUAUUUUCUUUCCUUCCACCCACUUGUUGCUGUUACAAUUCAAUCUCUAUUGCGUGUCUCAUGACCUUUAUCGUA